CCACCUUUUUCGAACAAAAUGUCCAAGUGGUAGUGGAACGACUGUAUUUCUUUCUUUCUUUCUUUCUUUAUUCUUCUUUUUUUCUUCAACAUGAAGCUGUCGUAUUGUUUUGUUUUCUUGUGCUUUCUUAUAGCCCUGGCUGAAUGUUCUGUUCAAGAAAAGGCACAUGUAUCAAAUGCAACUACUUAUAUGCAUUCAGACAUGAAUGAAAGAAUUUUAAUCAAAAGAAAACAACAUGCUUCUUCAGAUACCAGUAUGUCAACUACUGCCUCAGACCCAUUAUUUGCACUUGUUAUAUUUGUGGCGCUAAGCUCACUUAUGUUUUAAUCAGCCUUACUUAUAUAUUAUAUCUCUGUAAAUAUUUGUAUACCCCAUCUAGACAAUAAUAAAAAAUAUAUGUUUGAACAUAUUUCAUCAUGA